AGCACGUGGUGGGAGGAGGAGUCUGGCGGCUGGUCCUACCCAUCCUCCUCUUCAUCCUCCAGAUACGAGCCUGCAGCCCCUUACAUGACCGUGAGACUUGUUUGGGUGCAGAGGGAGCAGAUGCAGCAGCAGCAGCUCUGAAGAGAGAAACUCACGAGUCGUCCCACCAUGAAGGGAGGAACAAGUCUUCUGUUCUGCCUCGUCAUAGCAGCGUGUUCCUGUGGCAUCGCUGCUCAGACGGCAGAGUGUGAAAAUGCCACGGUGGCUGACAUCGUCUUCCUGGUGGACGGCUCCUCCAGCAUCGACCAGUCAAGCUUUCAAGAGGUCCGGAUUUUUCUCCGCAACAUCAUCAGGGCCCUCGACGUCGGCCCCAACAAAGUUCGGAUCGGCGUGGCUCAGUACAGUGAUGACCCUCACCAGGAGUUCCUGCUGAAGGAUCACAAGGACAAGAAAUCCCUGCUGGCCGCGGUGGAUAACAUUCCCCACCGAACGGGAGGCACAGAAACCGGCAAGGGCAUCGACUUCCUCCUGACGCGGUACUUCACCAAAGAGGCGGGAAGCCGAGCCAGCCAGCGGGUGCCCCAGAUCGCUGUGGUCAUCACAGAUGGGGAAUCCGCAGAUGAUGUGAAAGCGCCCGCCCAGCGCCUGAGGCAGAACGGAGUCAUUGUGUUUGGCAUCGGGGUGGGACAAGCCAACCGGGAGGAGCUCGAGUCCAUCGCCAACCGGCCUUCACACCUCUUCCUGUUCGCCAUCGAUAGCUACCAGGCUAUACAGAGGCUGACAGACAGUCUGCUGCGAACUGUAUGUGUCUCUGUGGCGGCUGAGAGGCAAGCUUUGUCAGAAAAGUUUGCAGAUAUCUUCUUCCUGGUGGACAGUGGCAUUGCUCAAGGUCCGUUCACACAGUUCAGGAGUGAUCUUAUCAAACAGAUCGAUAAACUUAAGCCUGGAGCGUCCACCAACCGCAUCGGUUUGGCCCAGUACGGUAAAGACAUCAAGAUCGAUUUCGGUCUCAGUACUUAUAAAACUAAACAGGAGAUCGUGACUGGUUUCAGACGUUUCCGCCUGCGCUCACAACCCAACCAACCACGUAACCUGGGUAAUGCUAUGACGUCUGCCAAAACUUUUUUCACCAGGGAGGCGGGGGGCCGUGCACACCAAGGCUUCCAACAGUUCCUGGUGGUCGUAAGUGGAAAAGACUCAGAUGAUCCUGUGUCUAAGGCGGCUGAUGUGAUUGAAUCAGAAGGGAUAAUUAUUGUUGGGGUCGAUGCAGGUGCAACAAUGGAUGUAAUAGAGCGUUUUGCAAGCGUUGGGUAUGUGUUUUCUUCCAUCGGAGAUCUUCUUAAAGAAGAUAUCUUCUUGACUGAGAAAGCGGAGAACGUUACUGAAGAUUGCAAAGGAGCCAAUGUGGCAGACAUCGUUUUCAUCGUUGAUGAGUCGGGAAGCAUUGGCACCGAAAACUUCCGGCUGGUCCGCUCUUUCCUUCACUCGAUUGUGAGCGGCCUGACUGUCGGUCCGGCUAGAGUUCGAGUGGGCAUUGUUACGUACAGUGACAAGCCCACGGCACACGUCUAUCUAAAAACGUUCAAUGACAAGAGAGAUAUCCUGCGGUUCAUCAAGAUCCUGCCUUACAGUGGAGGUGGUACAAACACCGGCGCUGCCCUAAACUUCACCCGAGAAGAAGUCUUCAUUGCGAAAAGGGGAAGCAGAGUGGAUGUGCAGCAGGUGGCUAUUGUGAUCACCGACGGUAGAUCCCAGGAUUCUGUGAGCGAAGCGGCAAUCGCUCUCCGCCGGGCUGGUGUCACCAUUUACGCUAUAGGAAUCGAAAAUGCCGACGAGGCCGAACUGUUGGAGAUGGCGUCUCACCCGCCUCAUCAGCAUAUCUUUAAUGAGAACAGUUUCACCAAGCUGAAUCCCCUGAAGCAGAGACUUCAGAAAACUCUGUGCAGUAACAUCAUUCACCAAGCAGUCACAGUUGGUACAAGCAGAACAGAUGUCAAAGAAGCGUGUGAACAAUUGGAUGAAGCAGACAUCUUCUUCUUGAUGGACGACUCAGGAAGCAUUGGUAACAUAGACUUUAAAGACAUGAUCAAUUUCAUCAUCGACUUUGUUGGUUCCUUCCGUAUCGGGCCGCAACAUGUCCGCAUUGGGCUUGUGAAAUACGCAGACUUCCCAACUUUGGAAUUUGACCUGACAACCUACUCAGAUGCUGAAAAAAUGAAGGAAGCCGUGAAGGGUAUUCCGCACAAAGGAGGUGGGACAGAGACAGGAAGAGCGCUGUCGUCUAUGGGUCAGUACUUUGAAAGCGCAAAGGCCGCUCGUCCUAAAGUCCCAAAGUACCUGAUUGUCAUCACCGAUGGAAAUUCCACCGAUCCGGUGAAGACUCCUGCAGACAAAUUGAGGGAACAGGGCAUCCGCAUCUAUGCCAUUGGGGUGAAAGCUGCAUAUGAGCCUCAGCUGGUAGAGAUUGCCGGCGACCAACAGAAGACUUUCAAAGUCGGUAGUUUUGAUGCUCUGAAGAACCUCAAAAAUGCAAUUAUCAGAGAAAUCUGUUCUCCCGAGGCUUGCAAAGACGCAUCAGGCGACGUCAUUUUCUUAACCGACAGCUCUGACAGCAUAUAUCCAAAUGAAUUCAAGACAAUGAAAGAAUUCAUGAUAUCUGUCGUCAACAAGUCCGCCGUGGCGCUGGAUAAGGUGCACUUUGGUGUCAUGCAGUUCAGCAAUGACAUACAACUGGAGUUUCCCCUCGAUCUCUACUACACCAAAGAGGAAAUGUUUAAGGCCAUCCGUGAUAUGCAGCAGUUAAGUGAAGGCACGUACAUAGGAAAGGGCCUCAGAGAGGUGUCGCAGUAUUUUGAUGCCAGCAGAGGAGGGCGUCCUAACCUGAAGCAGUGGCUGGUAGUGAUAACGGAUGGCAGAUCCAAAGACGAGGUCAAAGGCCCCGCUGAAGCUCUGAGGGCCAAACAAGUGGUGAUCUACUCCAUUGGAGUGGGUAAAAUUGAUAACACUCAGCUGACAGAUAUCAGCGGUUCAUCAGACAGGACGUAUGUUAAGAGGGACUUCGACGGGCUAAAGGACAUAGAGACCGAGGUGGCCUUGAAGAUCUGCGAUAGAGAGUGUAAGAAGACAGAAAAGGCUGACAUUAUUUUCCUGGUGGAUGGGUCAACAAGUAUACAUAAAACAGAUUUUGACAGCAUGCGGAAGUUUAUGGAGUCAAUAGUAAACCAAACCACAGUUGGCAAGAACCUGACACGUUUUGGUGUCAUUAUGUACGCCACUACAGCAGAGUCUGCUUUUACUUUAAACAACUAUGAGUCCAAACAAAAGGUUCUUGAAGCAAUAACAAGUCUGAAACAACCAAAAGGAGACACCUACACGGGCGAGGCCUUGGCAUACUCACGGAAUUUCUUUAACGCUGAGCACGGCGGCCGGAAAGCAGAGAAGGUGCCUCAGAUUCUAAUGGUGAUAACAGACGGGGAUGCCACUGAUCAUCCCAGACUGAAGGAUGAAUCUGAUGCACUGCGAGAAAAUAAGGUCACCGUCUUCAGUAUUGGAGUGAAAGAAGCAGUCAGGGAGCAGUUGGACAUCAUGGCUGGUGGCGACACCUCCAAAGUUUUCUACGUGGACAACUUUAAAGCCUUAGAAACUCUGUACAAGAACAUGUCUUCUGCCAUCUGUAAUUCCACUAAGAAAGUUUGCGAGCAGGCCGACCUGGUCUUUCUAAUCGAUCGGUCUAGCAGCAUCAACGAAGAAAAUCACAAAAUUGUGUUGAACUUCACGGCAGAAGUAGUGAACAGCUUUAAUGUCAGUAAAGACUUUGUGCAUGUUGGACUUGCACAGUUCAGCGAUGAGCCUCAUAAAGAGUUUGACCUCAACACGUACUACAAGAAGGAGGAGAUGAUGAAAACAAUCUUAAAUUUGAAGUACACUGGUGGAAACACCCUUAUAGGAAAGGCCUUGGUUCACAUUAAGGAUUACUUCAAGGGCGGCCGUUUUGGGGUCCCCCAGAAUCUGGUGGUGAUCACAGAUGGCGAUUCUCAAGAUGACGUGGAGGACGUGGCUGAAGAACUCAGGGCUCAGGGGGUGGUGGUGUUUGCCAUUGCCAUAGGAGACGUCCACGACCUGCAGCUCCUGCAGAUGACUGGCGACCCGGAGAGGCUGUUCAAUGUGCGGAGCUUCGACGCCUUGGCAAGUAUCAAGAGAAAGGUGGUCGAUGCCCUUUGCAAAUCUGAACAGGAGGAUGAGCCCUCUGAAUGCACCAUUGAUAUCGCCAUGGGAUUCGAUAUCACGACUAGAACUGGUGCUAUUGGUGAGAUGCUGUUCAGCGGCCACGCCAAGCUCCAGAGCUUCCUGCCCGAGAUCGUCCACUACGUCUCCUCGGUAGAAGGCCUGUGCUGCGUGAAGGGACCUGUCAGGACCCAAAUUGCCUUCCAAGUGUCAGACCGUGAAGGACGUUCACUGUACGACACAAACUUUGAAGGCUACAGCGAGGAAGUGGUGAAGAAAAUCACGACCUUACUGAUGUUGAAUCCUAGCUACUUUAACACUGCCGUGCUGAAAUCCUUCAAGGAGAAGUUCAGGACUGGGUCCACUGCUCGUGUGAAGGUGCUGGUGAUGUUCUCAGACGGACUCGAUGAGGACGUGAUCAGAGUGAAGCAAGAAUCAGAGCUGCUGCGACAGUCGGGGGUCAGCGCUCUGUUGACCGUGGCUCUGGAGGGGGCGCGGAACCCCGGCCAGCUGCCAGAGGUGGAGUUUGGCCGAGGGUACGUCUACCUGCUUCCUCUCAGCAUCGGCAUGCCGAGCAUCAGCAACACCAUCCUCAAACAGAUUGACGCGGUGGCAGAUAAGGUGUGCUGCAACGUCUCGUGUAAAUGUUCUGGACCCGAAGGCAUGCGUGGACUUCCAGGCCAAAAGGGGCCAAAGGGUUCGCCUGGAGACCCGGGGCAGCCCGGCUUCCCGGGAGACGAGGGGGUCGCUGGUGAGCGAGGGCCUCCUGGACCAAAUGGACCUCCAGGCAUCGAUGGCUGUCCCGGAGCCAGAGGACAGAAGGGCUACCGAGGAGUCUCGGGCAACAGGGGAGAGAACGGAGAAGACGGCCUGGAAGGAAUCGACGGCGAGCAGGGAGAGACGGGACUUGAUGGAGCUCGAGGAGAUAAAGGACACCCAGGAAACCCAGGUAUCCCGGGUAUCAGAGGGGAGACGGGGCCUAAAGGACAGCGAGGACUGCGAGGAGAUCCGGGCGACUCGGGCGCUGAUAACACCACUCCGGGAGCCAAAGGAGAACCCGGGAACCCAGGUUUACCGGGUCCACCUGGACCGGACGGACGGCCAGGUGAGGGUGGAAUCGAAGGAAACCCGGGUCCCAAUGGAAGAAGAGGCCCGCCGGGUGAGAAGGGUCUACCUGGACAGGCGGGAGCAAUAGGACUUCGGGGCCCCCCGGGUGCUUCUGGCCCACAGGGAAGCAGAGGGGAAAACGGUGAUCGUGGACCAAAAGGAAACCCUGGCUUUCCUGGACCUCAGGGUGAAUCAGGAAAACCUGGAGACCCGGGGUCAGCCGGACGUCGUGGCCCUAACGGACAGAAGGGCCAACCAGGAGAUCCGGGUGUUAAGGGUGCUCAAGGACCACAGGGGCCCAGAGGAACGCCGGGUCAGGAUGGCAGAGACAGUUAUGGACCUCCAGGACCCAAAGGUUCCAAGGGAGAUCCGGGUUUUCCUGGUUACCCUGGUCUGCCGGGUGAGGAAGGUCAGAAGGGAACCAAAGGAUAUCCAGGACGUGAUGGGAACCGAGGUCGAGGGGGGAACUCAGGCAGGCCGGGAGAAUCAGGCGGGUCCGGAGAGCCAGGACAUCCAGGACACGAUGGUCCCAGAGGUCCUCCUGGAGGCAAAAGCAAGUCUGAUUGCGAGCUGAUCACCUACAUCAGAGACAACUGCCCAUGCUGCCACGGUCGAUCAGCCUGCCCGGCCUACCCCACCGAGCUGGUGUUCGCUGUGGACAUGUCCGCCGAAGUGUCCCCCGCAGCCUUCGAGAGGCAGCGCGCCGCCCUCCUCUCCCUGCUGGAGGACAUCACCAUCGCCGAGACCAACUGUCCGACGGGCGCUCGCGUCGCUGUGGUGGCUUACAGCGCCUACACCAAGUACCUGAUCCGCUUCCAGGACUACCGGCGCAAGAACCAGCUGAUCGAAGCUGUGAAGAACAUCGCCCCGGAGAGGACGAUCAACAGGCGUAAUCUGGGGGCCGCCAUGCGCUUCGUGGGUCAGAACCUCUUCAAACGUACACGUUCAGGAGGCAGGCUGAGGAAGGUGGCCGUCUUUUUCUCCACUGGGCCGUCACAGGACGCUUCGGAGAUUGUGACCGCCAUGAUGGAGUACCGGGCCCGCAACAUCUUCCCGGCAGUGAUCUCUCUGAGGAACGAGCCGGCUGUUAGUCGAGCGAUGGCGGUUGACGACACGGAAAACCACGUCUUCACAGUGCUGGGGCAGGACAUGGCUGCUGACCUGAGGAGGGUCAGGAUGUGUGCAAUCUGUUACGACCCCUGCAAACGUUCAGAGGAGUGCGCCUUCAUCGAGGAUGUCCCGAGGCCUCAGGAGGUCGACGUGGACCUGGUCAUGGUGGUGGACGACUCCAGGGAGAUUCAGGCUGAUGAGUACGCCGGCGUCCAGCAGCUGCUGGGCUCUGUGGUGGAGCAGCUGGUCGUGAGCCCGCAGCCGCGCAGGGCCGGCAACCGGGCCCGGGUGGCUGUAGUCCAGCAGAGCGGCGGCCGCAAUCUCAAGCCGGAGUUUGGCCUGCUGGACUACCAGAACGCCAACGUGAUGAAGAGGCAGAUCAAGAACAUGCAGCAGCAGAGCGGCUCCCCUGCGCUGGGACAGACGCUGGAGUUCUGCCUGCAGGAGGUGCUGCUGAAGGCCACCACGCCCCGGAGGAGGAGGGCGAUGCUGACUGUGGUGGGCACCACGACAUCUUACAGGGACCGAGCCAAGCUGCGCUACAUCUCCAAGAAGGCCAAGUGUGAGGGGGUGGCGCUGUUUGUGGUGACUAUCAGUGAUCGCUACAACCAGACGCAGGUGGAGGAGCUGGCCAGUCUGCCUGAACAGCAGCACCUGAUCCACGUCGGCAGACUGAAGGCCGACGAGCAGGGCUACGCCCAGCGCUUCUUCAGAGUCUUCCUCUCCGCCCUCAACAAGGGCAUAAACACGUAUCCUCCUCCUGCAAUAACACAGACCUGCAGCCGGCUGACGGAGGAAGAAGUAGAUCUCUUAAACGGUCUGGGGUCGGCAGAGCCGGACGAUCUGUUUGCGGACGAAGCGGUGGAGAACUUUCAGGACCAGACGGGAGGAAAGACUCAGUCUGCACAGCUGGAUGUCGUCGACACAUUGACCGGAGGGGACGGCAAGAGUUCUCGCUCAGAGGCUAACCUCAACGAUCCAAACAUCCUGUCAAAGCCGGAGCUGGCCAGCAUUGUCUCCAGAGACGCCUGUUUCCUCCGCCCGAUCACCGGCGGCUGCCAGAACUACACCGUAAUGUGGUUCUUUGACAAAGAUCAGGGUAAAUGCUCCCGCUUCUGGUACGGCGGCUGCGGCGGCAACGAAAACCGCUUCGAGACGCUGAGGGCUUGCAGGAACCUCUGUGACACGGAGAGUCGAGGAGGCGUCGGCGGUAUGAAGGUGCAACAGGAAAAUCUGUGAUAACGGAUGGAAAUCUACCACGCCGAUUUACAAAGUAUUAAAAAGCCUUUGCUCACAGGGACACACGAGGGAAAGUCUAAUCAGCUGUGAAACUCAGCAGCUGCUGAUUAAAUGCUGUCACCGAGUCGCUUUGUUGUUUUUGUCAAACAUGCAUGUCCCCCCCCCUCUUGGACAUUGAUUCCACCUUUUACCGUGUCUGACGCACAACAGGGACUUGAGCUUCUUUCGGGAUAUUUUUUGAUUUUGAUCAGGUGCUAUUUUUUUUGACAGAAGAUCCACAACCACUGGUUAAAAAAAACCAACACUUUUUUUUGAGCAGCUGAAUGAAUAUCAUUGCAAUGCAGGUCACGUGGUUCAUCUGGAUUUUUGUAGCAUUUCUACAGCAACAAACUUUUCUAUAUUUUGUACCAGUUUCUGAUUAAAAAAUUCAGAUGACACCAAAA